GCAUUCACUUUCUUAGGUAUACCUGGAUAUCUAUCUUGCCCUGGAGAAGGUAAUGAACGGGCAACGAAGCUGUCCCUUUCAAGCCGACGUUCCAUGACUUCUGCGUGUAUUAUUCAUACCCUACAUAUACAUACAGUAUACACCUAGUGCCAGAGCUGCCGGCGAUGUGAUACAAGAAGUAGUGCGCGAGAAAUCAUAUGGCCUUGGUCGUGGGAUUGACAGAAAAUGACAGUAUUAGAAGCAGAGGAAGAUACUGAUGAGCACCCUAACCCUCCGAGGAAGAAACUUUGUCUCUCUCUAUCUUUGUCGGAGAGACAUAAUCAAGGAGUUAACAAAAGUAAACCUGAUACCCAGUCUGCUGGACGGGCUAGUACUAGCCAAUUGCGUCCUAUGCAAUUGAAUAACAAGCCAAUAAAAAUGUUGAAUGACUUUCAAAGGCUAGGUAGCACUCACAGAGAUCCUGCAUAUGAUUUUUCAUCCAAUGUUAUAACUGGAGGCUUGAAGAUAGCAACUUUGUGUAACUUGGGAAAUACCUGUUUUUUGAACAGUGUACUUUAUACGCUACGAUGCACACCAUCUUUCUUACACAAUCUCCAUCAUCUCGCAACAGACUUAUCAAUCAUAAGUGAAAGACAGCUUCAAACUAAAAUUAAAAUAUCCUCACUGGGUCGAACUGGUAUAUCAUCUACAACAAGUAGCAAUCGUAGUUGGAGCAACAAAGAUCUCCCAUCACUGACAGCUGCUAGUACAGCAACAGAACUGAAUAAGCCUCGAAUUCAAGUUGCUACUGAAAAGUUGCACGAAUUGUUUAUAUCUUUGAGAGAAUUGGAAGCAAGAGAAAAUUCGGAACCGUUUCAGCCUGAUGCUUUUCUACAAGCCUUGAGGGAUGUCAAUCCCAUCUUUGAGGGUAAUCAACAGCAGGAUGCACACGAACUACUCGUCUGCCUCCUCGACAACAUUCGUGAAACGUUCCAGCUGCUCGUUCGUCACCGAGAAAAUCAAUUCAACUGGCGAAUCGAUGGAGGUAGUAGCAGCCAAAGCGACUUUCUGCGAGACGGUAGGGCAGUGCAGUCGGAUAGUAGCAAACGUGGAACACGCAAAUCGCAAAAAUCGAAAAAAAAGCCAACAUCGAGCUCGAUGCGAGCUUCAAGCGCGAGCGCACUUGUUCAGACCAACCUUAAUGGUGCGAUUGCCUCCAAAACUUUAAGCUUGCAACAGCAACAGCUCGAAAACGGCAGCAUUACACCACUUGCUAUGAGUAAUGGUGAGCUCGAUUCGCUCGGACCACUCGAGAAUAAAAAGUGCUUUAUUUCCGAAGACUUUGAAGGCGUCAGUCUGUUGCGAACCACGUGCCUGGAGUGCGAACAGGUCACAGAAAGGAAGGAGACCUUUUGUGAUAUAUGUGUUCCAAUUGAAAUGGAUCGCUCUAAUGAGAAAGAUGAAGAUGGAAAGACCAUGGAUUCUAGUGCUAUUUACAAAAAAGCAGUAGUGAUGAGUGAAUUGUUAUGUGAUAAAAAUAAAUACUGGUGUGCCACAUGUCUCCGUUAUAACGAAGCUAGACGAGCUAUAUGCUUUCCUUCAUUGCCAAGAUUACUUGUUUUACAGUUAAAAAGAUUUUCUACUGCUGCUGGUUCCAUGGAAAAAAUUAAUCAUCACAUGCCAACGCCUCUGAAUCUUCAAUGUUUCUGUGAAGAAUGCAACAUUAUUACAGAUCAGCUUCGCUACGGUUCUAGUUCGUCGUCCAGUGUUCCAGCUAAAGAUCCGAGCCAACGGCACGUUUACAACCUUUAUUCGGUGAUAAUGCAUCAAGGGGCGACAAUGACAGCCGGUCAUUAUGUUGCGUAUACGCGCUUGCCCGGUGAAUCGUCUCAUGAUGAAUAUCAGCAAUGCGAACGUGAUAAUGCUCAACUCCAACAAAAACAGCCAAAUAAUUCAACUAAUGCUCACCAGAACGGUCAGCACAGCUCAGACAAUAGCAAGAUCACAGCUUUUUUCAGUUGCUUUGGCAACAAGCCCACUGAGAACAAGGGAGUACCUUUGCGAGGUAAACAACAACAGCAGCAAAAAGCUCAAGGCUGCAGGGGCAACGAAUGUUGCGGUAUCAGGCAGACGGCCCGCCAAAGUAGUGGUACGUGGCUCGAGUGUGACGAUGAGGCGGUCCGUGUAAUACCCACACGAGAACUUCAAGACAAGCUCGCACCUAAUCCCAGAAAUUCUGCCACACCUUACCUUCUCUUCUACGUGAGAUCUACGGCGACGGCGACUUCUACGACUGCAACAGCUACUACGGUGACCACGACGUCCGCGACGGCGACAUCGACCACGACUGCGACAACUACGACGAUGAGGACUAUGACGACUUGAAGCUUUUCAACAGCCGUCGAUAUCACGGUGAUGAAAAUGCAUGUAUAUAAGAGGAUGGUUGUAGUUAUUUCAGUGAUGUAAAUGAAAGGAGAAUGAUAAUAACGUAUUUUCAUGCUUUUUUUCAUUGACUAGUGCGUCUUAAGUUUUUAUUUUAUUCAUGCGAACUUGAUCUGUGCUUAAAUCCGUAUUUUAAUAUUUUUAUUUUUUUUUUUUUUUUUUCAUAUUUUUUUUUUACUUAACGAGCAAAACACGCAUGAGUUGUCAAUAUUAAAUUUUGAGAGAUGUGUGAUAUUUUUAUAAGCUGUAUUUUUAGGUCGAGUAAAUUUUUAAGAAUCUCGUAACUUUAAGUUCUGAAGUUAUUGUAUAUACCUCCUAAAUCCAUAAACGGUGCACAGUUGACUACUUAUACCCUUAUGUAAUGGAGUUGUUAGUAGGUACGCCAUGUCAUUUUCUUUCUCAUGCUUCAGCAAAUAUUAAAUGGCCGCGGGUAUUAUAUGCUUUAGCAGAUGCGAGAAAGUGCAUUGUCCAUGUUUCCUCACUUCUGUCUUGUUAUGCUCGUUCGAUUCGUCCACUUGAGAGCAAAACGUAAUGAACAUUUAGCCAUGCGCUAUUGGCUGCCUGCCUUUGGACAUUGUAUCUCAUAAUAUUCUGAACGCUUGCACCGUCAAAGGGUAAAAAAGAUCAUAAAAUAUGGUACUCUUUUUAUGAGUAUAAAAACAUGAUAGAAAAUUGUAUGAAUGGAUUCAUUUUUCAUUAU